CUCCUUCAAUGUUCUAUCCGUCUAAGUUUUUCUUCCAGCAAACAGACCAUCAUCGACUUAGCAAACACAUUGCACUCAUAUUCCAACAAAAUUGUCGCCUCGCGAUUCGACCACACCACACUUCAACCAUCAGCAAAGAAUGGGUUUCCAAAAUACUACACGCGAAGAGUGGGUUUCAGCCCGCAAGCUCCUCCUCGAAAAGGAAAAGGAAUAUACCAAAGCUGGCGACGCUCUCGCAGAACAACGCCGCCAACUCCCCCACGUCAAAGUGGACGAGCCGUAUUCCUUCCAUGGACCCAAUGGACCUCUUACUCUCGCCGAUCUCUUUGAAGGCCGCAAGCAGCUAAUCAUAUACCACUUCAUGCUGGGUCCCGAUCAGAAAGAAGGUUGCGUCGGGUGCUCCUUCGUUGCUGAUAACGUCCCCGUGUAUCUCCAGCAUUUGCAUUCUCGCGACACGACCUUUGCAAUGGUCUCCCGCGCUCCACUUGAGCAGAUCGAAGCUUUCAAGAAGAGGAUGGGCUGGACGAUGCCGUGGUACUCCUCCUUUGGAAGUGACUUCAAUUAUCACUUUCAUGCAACGAAUGACGAGAGCGUUGCGCCUGUUAUGUCAAAUUGGGAGGACAAGGAAUCUCUUGAACAGAAAGGAAAGUUGUUCUUUACUAGGGGUGAGCAGAGUGGGUUGAGUGUGUUUAUUAUUGGACCGCGGGGAGGUGUGUACCACACGUAUUCGGGGUACGAGAGGGGAGUUGAAGGGUUGCUAGUUACUAAUCAGCUUUUGGAUCUCACGGCUCAAGGGAGGCAGGACCAGCUUCCUCAUGGUAUCAAGGCUCUUGGUUGGUUGCUUCAUGAUAGAUAUAAUGGUGAAUAGGCAGUGGCUGGAUGUUGAUGGCGCUGUUCGCUGCAGUAAACCCAAACCGCAUGGAAUGCCUGCC